CACCCCUUUUCAAAACAUCCCAGCUCACUCAGGGAAGUGGACCCAGACCUCAGGGCUGAAUGCUGGAUCCCUGAGUCCCCUGUCGGUGUUGUGGUUGAUCCGCCGCUGCGGGACUCCCGUGAGGACUCAUCAUGUCUGAGCUGAGAGUCUGCAGCGUGCUGCUGCUCCUGAUGCUGUUUGGACAAUCUUUUGGGGCAACACCGUCAUUCAGCGUGGACUACCAGGAUGACUGCUUCCGUAAAGAUGGGGAGAAGUUUCGAUACAUAUCGGGAAGCAUCCACUACAGCAGGAUCCCCAGAGUCUACUGGAAAGACCGGCUGCUCAAGAUGUACAUGGCCGGACUGAACGCCAUCCAGACGUACAUUCCCUGGAACUAUCAUGAAGACUUUCCGGGCCAAUACCGUUUCAGUGGAGACAGAGAUCUGGAGCAUUUUCUUCAGCUGGCCCAGGAUGUGGGAUUACUGGUCAUCCUUCGGCCCGGACCCUACAUCUGUGCAGAGUGGGACAUGGGUGGUCUGCCUGCGUGGCUGCUUCAGAAGAAAGAUAUUGUGCUGAGAUCCUCGGACCCAGAUUACCUUGCAGCUGUAGAUAAGUGGAUGGGGAAGCUGCUGCCCAUGAUGAAGCCUUAUCUCUAUCAGAACGGAGGUCCCAUCAUCUCUGUGCAGGUGGAGAAUGAAUAUGGCAGUUACUUCGCCUGUGACUACAACUACAUGCGUCACCUGACCCGGCUGUUCCGGUCUCACCUGGGAGAGGAGGUGGUGCUGUUCACUACAGACGGAGCCGGGCGCAGCUUCCUCAAAUGUGGCUCAAUACAAGACCUCUAUGCCACUGUGGACUUUGGGCCAGGUGGUAAUGUGACCGCAGCCUUCAGCGCACAGCGAUACGCUGAACCUCACGGACCUCUGGUGAACUCUGAGUUUUACACCGGCUGGCUGGACAACUGGGGCUCUCGUCACUCUGUAGUGUCGUCUGCUGUAGUGGCCAAGUCCCUCAGCAAGAUGCUGGCCAUGGGGGCCAAUGUCAACAUGUAUAUGUUCAUUGGAGGAACAAACUUUGGAUACUGGAACGGUGCUGGAGGUAAAUACAGCUCUCAGCCCACCAGCUACGACUACGACGCCCCGCUCACAGAGGCGGGAGACCUCACCGAGAAAUACUUUGCCAUCCGUGAAGUGAUCAAAAUGUACCGUGAGAUCCCAGAGGGGCCGAUACCACCGACAACCCCAAAAUAUGCAUACGGACCAGUUAAAAUGAAGAAGCUCCAGACGCUGACCGACGCCCUGGAGGUGCUGUCUUAUUCAGGGCCUGUGAGAAGCAUCUAUCCUCAGACUUUCAUCGACUUAGAUCAGAAAUUUGGUUACGUUCUCUACAGAACCACUCUGCCGAUGAACUGCAGCUCGCCCACGCCACUGGCUUCUCCGCUGAACGGCGUUCAUGACAGGGCGUAUGUGUCGGUCAGUGGGGUUGCUGUGGGGAUUCUUGAGAGGAACACUGCCAUCAUGAUCAAUGUGACGGGGACGGCCGGCAGUCAGGUGGACAUACUGGUGGAGAAUAUGGGCCGAAUCAACUACGGGAAAAACAUCAACGACUUCAAGGGUUUGGUGUCUAAUAUGACUCUGGGAAAGGACCUGCUCACCGGCUGGAGCAUGUACAGUCUCAGUAUCGAUGACGCUGUCAGUCAGGGCCUUCUCGGGGAAAAAGAAGCCACGCUGAGAGAUCCCCCUCCGCCCGCUGGACUCUCCCCUCCAGCCUUCUACGGGGGAAGCUUUGUCAUUCCUGACGGCAUCCCCGAUCUCCCUCAGGACUCCUACGUCAAACUGCCCGGCUGGAAGAAGGGACAGAUCUGGAUCAAUGGAUUUAAUUUAGGACGUUACUGGCCAGCUCGGGGCCCUCAGGUGACCCUUUUUGUGCCUGCCAACAUCCUCAGUACGGCUGCACCCAACAACGUGACCGUCCUGGAGCUGGAAGGAGCUCCGUGCAGCUCCAAGCAGUCGUGCACCCUGGAGUUCACCACCACACCCAUCCUGAACGCAACAGCUCCCUCUGAUUUUAAAGAGCACAGGAGGCUGUAUGUUAAAGAGGAUUUACUUUGACAAUAAGGGAACUCUCCUCUCCAAAGAAAUAAGUUUGCACUAAACUUAUCAGUGUCUGAGUGCCAAAUCUCACAUGAAUUUGUUGACUGUUUGAUUUUUAUGAAAUGUAUGUGUUGUGAAUGAGGUUUUUAGAGGGAUACCACUGAUUGAAUGUUUUUUUUUUUAACCAAAUGCAGGAUUUUACCAAGACUUGAACAGAGGGUUUCUCUACCUCAAUUAUUUGCCAUCACAUUCAGCCUGUUUUUUCUUUCAUUAAAGUGAUUAUUUCCAUUUGCGUUUGAAGUUGUUCACACAAUUGUGGGAUUGUUGAUCUGUAGAUUUGACUGAUUUUGAUAGUUGAUUUACAUACACACUGAAUCUGAAUGUUGUGUAUAUUUUGU